AUGCGAGCGCUGUUCGCCGCGACCACCGCCGGCUUCGCCGCCGCCCUGGUCCUGAGGAGCUGGCUGCGCCGCACGAUUCUGCUGCGGCGCAUUCCAGAGAGCGUGGAGCUCGAAGGAUGUGGCGUGGUUGCCGUCUCGACACAGAGCUGCGGAUCCAACACACUCGUCACCCUCGACUGGAGCAAGGUGUUUGGGACCCUGCCGUUCAAGAUCCCAUUCUGCUCAGCGGUCCUCACCGAGGACGGCACCAUUUACGUGUCCGGCUCCAUCGGCCUGGCACCGCCGUCCUCCGGAGGUCCGCCCAGCAUCGUGCCGGGUGGGCCCAAGCCAGAGAUGCUGCGAACGAUGCAGAUCGUCGAGGCGUGUCUGAAGGCGUGCGGCGCUGAUGUCCAGGACAUCACCAUGGCUCACUGCUACCUGGUAGACAACACAAAGGAGCGCUUUGGCGAGAUGAACGCGGCGUAUCUCGAGUUCUUCGGAACGAGGCCGCUGCCGGCGCGCAUCACCGUCGGCUGCUCCGCGCUGGCGCUCGGCUCGUGCGUCGAGGUGGACGUGAUUGCAAAGGCGUAG